GCAAAAUAAAUGUUGUUGUCACUGACUGGCACCAAUCACCAACACAAAACUACUUAUAAAUACAAAACGCAAUUAACAACAACGAUAACUAAGCUGGAAAAACAAUCUACAAAUACAAAGUAUAUCAAGAACUUUUGUGCAAAUGGAAAUGGAACCCAACAGAGCUCACCUUAUUUUGCUGUUACUCCUCUCACUAACCUAUGCCUCCUUGGCUCACCCAACAGACUUAUCAGGGGCGGCGUUAGCACCUAGUGCUAAAAACCCAGAAGGUGUAGCUGUUGCUGCUGGGGGUAGCGGUUCUGGUCAUGGUCGAAACUGGAACUACAAUUGGGGGUGGGGAUCAACUCCUGCAGGUGGAUGGGGUUAUGGUUCAGGUUCAGGUAGAUCUCCGAACGGUCCGGCAGGUGGAUGGGGUUAUGGUGCAGGGUACGGGUUUGGAGCAGGAACUGGAAGUGGAUCAGGAUCAGGGUCUGGAAGUGGAGGUCAUGGUGGUGAUCACAGCACUGGGAGUGGCUAUAACACUUCUCCUGAAGGAAAUUAAAGCGGAAAUGGUGGUUCACGCAGAGCAGUGAUAGCUGAUAACCGUUGGUUUCUGCACAACAAAAUAAAAUGGUAACUAUAUCAACUAAAAGGAUCAAGAUUUCGCAGGAUGUAGCUUCUACGGUAUAAUAUGAUGUAUGCUAAAGCAAAUGUUUUCUGCAAGCCAUAUGUAUGAUAAUCAUAAUACAGAUAAGAAUGAAUAAAAAAGAGCUAUUAUUUUUCUCCA